AAGAACCCGCACGACACAGGCCGCUUCCUCCGGCCUCCUCCCCCACCCCUCGGCCCUCCCCUCACCCGCAGCAGCGCACGUGCCUGCCGGAGCCGAGAGCGGCGAUGUCUGGCCGCGUCGGCGAAAGCAGCAGCCGCCGCCGCCGCACCGCGGCGAAGCCCCCGCGCUACGACCGCAGCAUCACCGUCUUCUCCCCCGAGGGCCGCGUCUUCCAAGUCGACUACGCCCGCAACUCCGUGAAGCUGGAGGGGAUCACCUCCGUCGCCGUGCGCGGCGCCGACUCCGUCUGCGUCAUCACCCAGCGGACCAAGGCACCGGCGGACCCGUUGCUGGACACAGCGGACCCCGCCUUCAUGCACCUGUUCCAGAUCACCGAGCGGCUUGGUAUGCUGGCCACGGGGAUGCCAGCUGACGGGAGAGCAUUAGCUCAGCAGGCAAGGAACGAAGCUGCAGGGUUCCGUCACAAGUGGGGAUAUGAAAUGCCUCCUAAGAUGUUGGCGCAAUGGUUGGGAGACAGAGCACAAGUUCGCACCCAGCAUGCUGGCAUGAGACCUUACAGAGUUGUUGCUACGGUCGUGGGAAUUGAUGAAGAGAAAGGAACUCCAGAGCUCUUUACAUGUGAUCCUGCUGGACAAGUCCUUGGCCACAAGGCAACCAGCGUAGGUCUCAAGGACCAGGAAGCUAUCGAGUUUCUCGAGGAAGCAAUGGCGGGCAAUUCUUCUUUAUCAUUCCAGGAAACCAUGGAGAUGGCAGUGUCUGCACUGCGACACGUCCUGGAGGAUAAUAGCCAAGGCCAUGACACCGAGGUGGGAGUUGUCAGGAAGAAUUAUCCGAUCUUCAGAACGGUGUUGAGGCGCAUCUACAAAAAUCCGCUUGCAGGGCAGAGCAUCCUGGAUGGAGAAGGCCAGUAAUAUGCGAAUUUGUCAUGAGAUUGAUAGGACUGCAAUUUCUCCUAGUCGGUAGCGUUUUAGCGUGGGGUCUCAUUUCAAUCAGGCAGCCACAAAAGUCAGAACACACCUGCUCAGCCGUCGGUCAUUUUGAGUCUUUUACACUGAACUUCAAACCAUAACUGAUAGCAGUACUAUCUGACUGCUUAGGGCAUCUUCAAUGGUUGUAACUUAUAAGAUAGUUGUUGGUAAACUUUGCCACAUAGAAUUUUUAAUGAUGUAUCAUACAAUAAAUAAGGAAAGAGAGGAAGGCUGUAUGUACAUAAACCAACACACCUUGCACAAACUCCAAUGUAGAAUGAGAGAGCACCUUAUUUAUUAUCUUACAUCCUAUUGGACAAACUACAUACAGUUGUUGUAUGUUAAGAUGUUGGUUGAUGACAUGACAUAUUUUACCAAUAAGCUAACA